UAUGCAUUCUGGAGAGUCGUCUAUAGUGUUGGGCUGGGAGCAUUACUGAAUGCACAGUCCAACACGGCUUUUAUUGUCAGGAUGUUCAAACGAAUGGGUCUUGGCUCCAAUUCUAAUAUUCCCCGCAACGAACUAUGCACUUGGAUUGUCGAUGAGAUUGUCAAGCGCAUGGAGCGAGAUACAGAUCUGCCGUACAACUACGAUUCGAUGCCAACCGAGCUCAAUGCGUGGCUGUUGUUUCAGGAGAUCUGCAACUUUGUGAUAUCCAAUGACUUUGUAGCUUAUAUUCUUGUAUCGUUGUCGUACUAUCAAGCUCCGCCAUGGUUGGAUCUGACGCUUCGCGACGGAGCACUUUUUGUUGGUGGCAUGCUGAUUAUUAUGUUUAAUAUUUGGCUCAAACUAGAUGCGUAUGUGGUGCUCAAAGACUAUUCCUGGUACUGGGGAGACUUUUUCUUUUUUAUGGAAGAUGCAGAGACGUUUGAGAUUGGAUUUGAAACACUACCGCAUCCCAUGUAUUCGAUUGGAUAUAUCGGAUACUAUGGUGUUGCGUUGAUCACACAUAGUUACACGGUGUUGUUUGUGAGUCUGGCAACACACAUGCUGCAGAUUUUGUUUUUAUAUUUUGUAGAAGCACCACAUGCUGCCAGGACAUAUGAAGUACCGUCCAAACAAGAGGAUACACUGCAGCAAUGGUUUACACGCGAUCUGGUGAUAUUUAGUCGAUUGGAUCUAUUCCGAAGUGGCGAUAUGCUGACCCUGUUUAUAUAUGCAUACACUGUUAUAACAUCCAUUUUUGUUGGACACAUUGAAGAAUAUGACUGGAAGUACUGUCAGACUGUGUUUUGGCGAAUAUUUCACACAUAUGGAUUGGGACUGCUACUGUAUCUUCAAGGUAAAAACAAGUUUUGGACACGACACUUUAUCCGACACGGUGAUGGACUACGUGAAGCACUACAGCAUUGGAAAAUACUAUUCAAUCUUUCGAUUACAAUGACAUAUCUGUCGUUUUUUGUGUGUGCUUGGCGACUGUAUAUACCACCACAAUCGUUCAGUGAUGGACCAACAAUUUUAAAACACAUAUUUGGCUGUCUGUUCAUAAUACUUCAUGCUUGGGUUACAGUGUCGAUAUACGAAGUACGAGGACGUCUUGGAUGGUUCCACGCCGAGUUUUUUAUUGACUCGUUGUAUGGAAAGAAUGGACCAAGACACAAUGGUGUAUAUCGAUAUUUGGAGAAUCCGCUGUUGUAUACAUUUUCAUGCUGGGGACUGACACUGAUCUGUCGGUCGUGGACGCUGUUGUUUUUGACAGCUUUUGGGCAGAUAUCCAACUGGCUGUUUCUGAAACUAGUCAUUGAGCAACACUAUGUGAAGCUGUAUGGUAAACGACCGUUUGAACAGAGUGGUGGACAAAGACGAUCGCUUAAAGGACGUGUGCAUACACCGACAGAAGCUACGGAACAAACACACAGUCGAUCAGUCACAGACACGGUAAGACUAGUUGUUAAAGAACUGGAGUAUUUAGUUGAUACGGCCAAGCCAUGCGUCAAAGCGAUUGUGGACCAGACCAAACUGCGUGUUGCCAAUCUUGCGAAUGUAGUUCGAUUAGAAGACACUCUUUCACGCGACCAACUGCCGUUGCAUUUGUAUUCGUUGUCGGUUUGCACUGCAAAUUCACGCGAGCCAGCCGAGUUUCAACUUGGUGAACCGAUUGUAAUUGAGUUUACAGCUGCUCGGGAAACCAUGAAAAGCAAAGACUGGAUUGCAGUAUACAGUGUCCAUCAGAACUUUGAUCCAGACACCACUACGAGCAAGUGUGGUACCCGAUGGUCAUGUGUAUCUGGUGAUCAGAUGCAUUUUGGGUAUACCAAGGUGGAUAUUUCGUCAUCCAAAGAUGAUCCUGGGUUGCGUGUUGUUCGUGGACGACUUGUGUUUACUCGUGAACAACUUCCAUGGCAAGUGGGAAUGUUUGAAGUUCGAUAUCAUUACGAUGGACAGUAUGUCGUGUUGGCACGCAGUGCACCGUUUCGAGUAUCG